UUGGGCUGAGGUUCCCGGGCGGGCAGGCGGGCAGGCGGGCGGGCGGGCGCGGAGAGACGCGGGAAGCAGGGGCUGGGCGGGGGUCGCGGCGCCGCAGUCCGCGCAGCAAGCCCGAGGGGCCGCCACCGCCGCCGCCCCGCGCGCUCCGGGGCCGCCGCCAGCACCCGCCCCGCCGCAGCUCCGGGACCGGCCCCGGCCGCCGCCGCCGCGAUGGGCAACGCCGCCGCCGCCAAGAAGGGCAGCGAGCAGGAGAGCGUGAAAGAGUUCUUAGCCAAAGCCAAAGAAGAUUUUAUUAAAAAAUGGGAAAACCCUUCUCAGAACACAGCCCAGUUGGACCACUUUGAACGCAUCAAGACCCUCGGCACGGGCUCCUUCGGGCGGGUGAUGCUGGUAAAGCACAAAGAGACGGGGAACCACUACGCCAUGAAGAUCCUGGACAAACAGAAGGUGGUGAAGCUGAAGCAGAUUGAACACACGCUGAACGAGAAACGCAUCCUGCAGGCCGUCACCUUCCCUUUCCUCGUCAAGCUCGAGUUCUGCUUCAAGGACAACUCAAACCUCUACAUGGUGAUGGAAUACGUGCCCGGCGGGGAAAUGUUCUCGCACCUGCGACGCAUCGGGAGGUUCAGCGAGCCCCACGCCCGCUUCUACGCGGCCCAGAUCGUGCUGACCUUCGAGUACCUGCACUCCCUCGACCUCAUCUACCGGGACCUGAAGCCCGAGAACCUGCUCAUCGAUCAGCAGGGCUACAUCCAGGUCACGGACUUCGGCUUCGCCAAGCGCGUGAAAGGCCGCACCUGGACUUUGUGUGGGACCCCUGAGUACCUGGCCCCCGAGAUCAUCCUCAGCAAAGGCUACAACAAGGCGGUGGAUUGGUGGGCUCUGGGGGUGCUCAUCUACGAGAUGGCUGCGGGCUACCCCCCUUUCUUCGCUGACCAGCCCAUCCAGAUCUACGAGAAGAUCGUCUCUGGAAAGGUCCGGUUCCCGUCCCACUUCAGCUCCGACCUGAAGGACCUGCUGAGGAACCUGCUGCAGGUGGACCUGACCAAGCGCUUCGGCAACCUCCGGAACGGGGUCAGCGACAUCAAGGGCCACAAGUGGUUCGCCACCACCGACUGGAUCGCCAUCUACCAGCGCAAGGUGGAGGCCCCCUUCAUACCAAAGUGCAAAGGGCCUGGGGACACGAGUAACUUCGACGACUACGAGGAGGAGGAGAUCCGGGUCUCCAUCAAUGAGAAGUGUGGCAAGGAGUUCUCGGAGUUCUAGGGCAGUGCCUCCUGCCUCCCUCCCGCCACCCCUCUCCUGCCCACCCGCCUCCCCGAAUCCAUUUGAA